UUACAAGGUGCAUACGGCAUGGCGCGUAGUCGCGUACCGUUCUCUGUAUGCAGGCAGCACAGCAGUUGUACUUUGGAAUGUCAAGAGCACAAGACGCGAUAUUAUGGCAAAGUUAACUUGAUGUUGCAUUAAAUAUGCCAAAUAACGCCAUCAUGCCUGGUUUAACUCACGUCUGAACAAUUUAAAACCAACAUUUCACCCAGUGUGCGGCUAUAUUGAUCGUGAGAAGCAGCCCAGCGCGGAGGCUGGAAACAUGAUUAUGGACUCCUCGACUCCAUUAAGCAAUGGAUUCUUAUCGGAUCAUGAUGCGGCAGCAACAGCCGAUAUGAUGGCGUCCACGUCCAGCGCGCCAACUGGCCACAGCUGGUCCACUGUCAAUGGAUCCGCGUCGUCCUUUCAGCAUGUUGAUCUGCUGGCCGUGCUGGAUGUGCUAGUGCGAAAUGGGACGCUGAGCUCGUCCGAGCAACAGGUUGUGUUACAGGAGAUGACGGAAGAGAAACGGUGGCAAGCGAUUUUACAGAUGGUGUAUGCGAAAGGAUUCACGGCCAUGGAGAGCUUUUUCAGGUUGACCGCCAUGCAGCAGCCCAUAAAUAGCCAAACAGGAAGUGGCAUGCGAGCUAAUUUUGGAUUCCUGCCUAAUAGCGGUUUGAACAUGAUGGGUGGAGUGACCGGAAGCGGCGUGGCUAAUCAGCGGGAUCAGCCGUCGUCCUCCUCCUCCACCAUCGACACGCUGACCCACAGCUCAACCGGAUCGGACCACAGUCCAGUGCAGUCCACAGCGCAGCACCAUCGCAGCUCAUCCUCAUCAGGAUUUCAUGAGCACACUGUGCCCGCGGCGGAGCCGGGACUGCAGGAGGAAAUCAGUAAGGCCAUGGAGGAGCGAUACGGUACCAACAACAUGCUAUUACGUCCCCAUGACACAGUGGAUACCAUGGUUGGACCCAAAACAACCUUACCGACCAUUCCGGAAUCCCUGACGGCUGUGGAUGUCAAUGGAUACGCGCUCAAGUCACCCAAGACAUCCAACCGUAAUCUGGACCACGCAUCAUCAUCGCUGGCCGGAAACAGUAUGGUCGCUCAGCUGCUGGCACUGUCCACGUCCAAAUCGUCAAAUUACGUUAACGCCGGUCCAUCCAUGGAUUCGGCUGGCCAGGACACUAUCGAUUCAGUGGGAAUGAUGCCGGGCGGCACAGGGGCAUCCACGGGACUGAACGAAGAGAAUGACCAGUGGGAGCUAACGGAGAUCACCCUGUCCAAGCUGCCACCCUAUGGAUUUGGGAUAGCGGUCAGCGGUGGUCGGGAUAACCCGCAUUUUGCCAAUGGUGACCCGUCCAUCGCCGUCUCCGAUGUAUUGAAGGCUGGGCCGGCGGAAGGCAGACUAUUUAUUAAUGAUCGCAUUAUCCGUGUUAACGGCAUCAGUCUGGAGAAUGUGGAUUAUUCUUAUGCUGUUAACAUCCUGAAGGACUCUCCUCCGACCGUUUGCCUCUUGAUCAAACGCCGUGUGGCCCUUCCCACACCCACAACUCCUUCGCGCUACGCACCCACUUCCUACGCGGUCACUCUCAACAAACCGCAGUCGAGCAGCAAGAAGAAAGACGACUACAAUGGCCUCGUCCUGGGCUGCAUCCUCUACGUUAAGGACAUCACCAACCGGUCGUUGGCCGAUGCUCACGGUAUCCAGAUCGGCGAUACGGUGCUGCGGAUCGGCACAACACCUGUUGAUCAUCUGACGUUCCAUGAAGUGAAGAAAGUGCUGGAGAAACGCCAGAAGGACCGUUUGACCAUGGUGUUUCAGCGACCACGGGGCACGCGCUCGGUACUGGGGCAUAAUGCUCUGAUGGCCUCGUCGUCCAGCAAUCCCAAUACGCCGCCGAUUAGCCAGCACCGUCGGCAGAGCAGUCAGAAUGUUUAUACGGAAUUACCCACCAAAACCGAUAAUCAUGUCAGGCAGAAGUCCGUCGAUUCGAUGGAUGGCAAGCUGGUUAAUGCGGUUAAUAGAGGCGAACGUUCUCACCAUGCUGUUCGUUCAGCGUCAAUGAAUUUGAACCUAAAUAAGACGGAAAUUUCAUCUCCGCUGGCCGUGCAGCGAGUAGCCAUUCCCGUAUUGCCACCGAAAGCGCUUCCGGAUGGACCAACCUCGUCCGGAAACCGCUCAGAAGGCAGCGGUUUUCCAAUUACGUCGCCUUAUACGCAUACACAAUUUUCCAACAAACCGACUACGGAAAGCCCACACGAUGCUAUUUCGCUGUCGUCUGACUGGCGCUUUCCUGAUCCGCGAUUUGUCUCCUUCCGGAAGGACAGCAGCGUUGGAGUGGGGCUUCGCUUAACGGGUGGGAACGAUGCAGGCAUCUUUGUGGCGGCUUCUUCACCAGGCAGCCCGGCAGCCAUGGCAGGCCUGAUUCCCGGCGAUAAAAUUCUUAAGGUGAACGAUAAGGACAUGAAAGGUGUGACGCGUGAAGAAGCGGUGCUGUUCCUGCUGCACUUGAGUGAGCAAAUUGAAAUGGUUGUGCAACAUCGGAAACAGGAGUUUGAUUACAUAAUCGCCAAUCAAAUAGGCGAUUCGUUCUAUAUCAGAACUCAUUUUAUAUAUGAUCCGGAUAAUAAGAAUGAUCUGUCUUUUCAACCGGGAGAUGUCUUUCGUGUUUUGGACACCCUGCACACCGGCAGUGUCGGCACGUGGUUUGUGGCCAAAUUGUCGGCCAACAAAGUGGAAUCGGUGAAAGGCAGCGUGCCAAAUGCUGUGCGGGCUGAGGAGCUGUCCAAAAUUGUGCGAAAUGGACCAAAAUCAUCAAAACCCUACACAAAUACAUUGGCUGACCGUAUCCGUCGGCGGAGUCGACGAGCGAAAUCACUGACUAAAGACCAGUGGGAAGAAGUAGCUUUUGCCGGUGUCGAGACGAAAUUCCCCGCGUAUGAACGUAUCGUGUUGAAGAUGCCGCACUUCCAGCGACCAGUGGUCUUUUACGGCCCGCUAGCCGAUAUUGCUCGAGAAAAAUUAGUCCAAGAAUUUCCAGAACGUUAUGCUGCUCCUCGUACGUCCUGCUUCUUAUUUCUCUGUAUACUGUUAAAGUAAAGUGUGAAAUUUCUCAUGAUUUUAGAACUCGAUGCAGGCAACGGUGAAGAUAAACCCGGCAUUAUCCGGCUGAGUGUCAUUCGGCAAACCAUGUCACUGAACAAGCACUGCGUUGUCGAUUUGACCUGCCAGGCUGUCGAUCGAUUGAACUUUGCUCAAAUGUAUCCCAUUGUGAUAUUUAUGAAGGCCGACAGUAAGGACGUGGUUAAAGAAAUUCGCUCAUCGGUUGAUCUCAAGCGAAAAAGCACAAAAAAGCUCAUUAUCGAAGCUCAGAAGCUGGAGAAACAAGCCGCAUUCCUUUUACUGGUAGGAAUGUCUAUCAAAAACAAGAACAGUUGGUUCCGCAGUGUGUGCGAGAUGAUCGAGCAGCAACAGCAGACACCAAUCUGGAUGACAGAAAAGCCGCCGGAGAACGCCCUGGCAGACGACUUCCUUUUCCCUAUGGCUUCCUCAUCACUGUACAGCUGCGCAUCGUCUGGACCGGAAAGUGACGCGGAGACACUGUACGAUGCGGCGCCGCCGCCUCCACCGCGGAGGAUAUCCCGCGAUGACGGGAUGACAGGCUCGACGCUGACGCAUGGUCGCUCGUCGGGAUUAGCGUCCAGUCGGUCCGUUCAUGCUGGGGUUAACGGAUUCAGUGAACCUUUGUACAAGGGCGCUCCCGUCAAUGACUCCAAGGAAAACCGUCCAAUGCUUCCCAGUUAUCAGAUGUCUCCGCGAAUUGAUACUAAUGAUCCUAAUAGCAGUGUCAAUAUCUUCGCAACGCUCCGCAUUCCGAAACCACCGAUGGCACCAGGAUCCAAUUUCUCACGUCGACCACGACCACCUCCCAUUACCAUGCCGCCACAAAUCGGCGACAGUUUCGAUCGGAAACCAAUUUCCAGUAUUAGCUUGGCCGAUCUUUCAAAUGGCACCAGUACAACCAAUGGCACACCGUCCACUUCCGGCACAUACGAAGAUCCGAAACACUACGAUCCGUAUCGUAUUUGUCGACCGACAACGCGCGGGCACUCCUUCACUUCUACCACAUUAGACCGGCAUUCACGUGCUGUUCAUAAUCAGGCUUCCUUUACUACGCCCGACCCACGGAUAUCUCCCAGUGCUGCCUCCACCAGCCCGAGUAAGAACAGCAGUGCCACGCAGUCUUCCGCCACCAGCAAUAACGGCUAUAUCAACGCCUCGGACAUUUACGUCCGGCAUCCGUCCAUUAAAGAGGAGCAGGCGCCGCCAUUGCCUCCUAAACCUAAGUAUCUGACGAACGGUCGGCUGAAGAUGGCACAGAAUGGACACGCCGAGAAUAUGUACGCAGAAACUGGAUUCGGUCAUGGCAGCAAUGCGGCCAAUGGAACAUACGGAAAAUUGCCGGCACGACCUGUUGCACAACGUUGCACUGCACGGCCAAUAUAUGUGGAUCAAACGGACACGUUGACGCAUCAGAAAACCAACGGCCACCGUCAGCAUGAUCUCAUGAAUUUCCCCUUUGUGGACGAUGAACGCGGAAUGUCCCCCAGUCAGAUGAACUUUCCUCCGCCACCCGAUGAUUUCCUCAGCUCACCCAAGAAACUGCAUGCUCCGGAUGUGAUUGAUGAAGUUCGCGGUUUCUUUGACCACAACGGAGGUAUGUUGGUAUCGGAAGAGACUGGCGUCAGUCUAAUCAUCCCACCGGGAGCACUGGCUCAUGGUGUCCGACAGGAAAUCUAUUUCAAAGUUUGCCGGGAAGAAAAUGUGAUAUCAACACUGAACAAGGAAAAGGGCGAACGACUCCUUUCUCCGUGUGUUCUGUGUGGACCAAAAGGGAUAUCCUUUUUGAAGCCGCUGGAACUGAAACUGCCACAUUCCGGCAAUAACAGUCCCGUCAGUGGGCACUACGGCGUAAAAAGUCCAUCCGCUCGAUCGAACGGCAUUCUAAUGGAUCGCAGUCAAAAUCUGCAGACGAAGCCGAACAGUCCUAAGUUCGCCGGUGCACAGGGAAGUGUGUCGGUGUAUGUGGAUCGGUUCUGAUUGUGAACAGCCACCGGCGUCCAUUCCGUUGCUUGUUUCCGCAUAGCAUAGCUUUAGAUGUAUACAUGGUUGGGUUUUUGUUUGCCUUUGCAUGGGUAGGUCCUUGUCUUUUCUGGUUGUUGAGAGCCUUAAAAAGGUUGCGAACCGGAUUGGUUUGUUAAGCAUUGUGCAAAGCGCAGCUAACACAUAAGCUUGUUAUUUCCUUCUGAAAACCUUUGUUAGAAAACGUUAUUGCUCGUUGUACGAGUAUAAUUGAGCCGAAGCGAAGCGUACACUAUAAAAGUCAGUUGCAUACCCAAACAGACUUUUGGAUGGUCUUCAGUUAUUUCUUGGUACUAGGAACGUUUGGUCGGUUAAAUUCACGUUAACAGGAGUAGCAAAUACAAGCAAAUAAACUUAAAACAGUACCGUUGUAUGAACAUGCUCCUGGUGCACCAUC